GACAGUUAGCUGGAAGAGUGACACAGAGAAGCUCAUCUCUCGUCUGUAGGAGCUGGCCAGAGUUUUCUAAGUCUUUGCCAUCUCCAUCUAAACACAGAAAUUCACUGCUCGAGAUGUCAAGUUCACAGACUCGCCUGCUCCUCACUCUGAUCUCCGUCGCUCUGCUACUGCUGAGGAGUUCAGGAACAGCCAGAGGGGAGGGUUUGCCCGACAUAUUACAGGAGAUGAACCCUGAGGGGAAAGAGGAGCUGUCCAGGACUGUGGUGCUGAAACUCCUGACUGAGCUCCUCCGGGGCGACAGGCCGGCGCUGCCCCGCUUCGAGAGACGUGGCCUCGGGCAGGAGCAGAUGGUUCGUCGGUGGAACUCCCCACGGGACCGCAAGGCCGGCUGCAAGAACUUCUUCUGGAAAACCUUCACGUCCUGUUAACCCAAGAUCCCUGAGACCAGAGUUCACCAACACCGACAUCCUCAACCAAAUCUGCAAAGCUCCUCUCCCUUCUCCCUCGCAUUGUUCCCACGUCUGGAUUCAUUCCUUGUCUUGUGUUGUAAAUUAUGAAUUCAUUUCCACUAUGAAUGGAUGUCACGCAGUAAAAUAAACUUUUCUUGCACACCC